GCCUCUCUCUACAGCCACGUAUCCCGCCGUCUCACCCUCCUCGGCCUCUCCUGGCACGGCAAUCGAGACCUGCACUCUCUUCUUCAGCACGUCCUUGGGCAUCCUCGUGCCUACACGCCAAUCAGAGACCUGGAGCGCACGUCGAGGAGUCUCACAGGAUGUUGGAUACGACGACGUAGCGGACAUCGCCAUCUGGUACGCCGUCUAUAAGUCAACGAUCCCUGGACACACCGUCAUACAUAAAGCGAUACAUCCGAGUACAUAGUAUCUACGUCGACCUCAGGCGUCAGGCGAGCACCAACCGCGCUGCGCUGGGUGACCGACCUCUACGCUCUGGGACCGGCCUCAUGGUCUCGAAACUCAAAUUUUACGCAUAUACGAACCGCAGAUCAUAGAUGCGACAGAUUGAGCAACACCCGCGCUGCGGGUCGUCUUCGUCCAUGCCCUUCGGCCCGCGCGCUAUAAUCGAUGGCUAGCAAUUUCCCCUCGCACAGCUUAGCGUCGUACGAGUCCGCCGAUGACCCCAUCGACAAGCCCGUAUUGAACAAUACGCAGAGGUGUGCGCUGCGCGUCUCAACCCCGUCUCCGCCUUCGCGAGUGCACCACGUAUGUCCCCCGCGUCACACAUCUCCUCCCCGGUGUUCCGCGGCCCAACAAGAGACCAUCGCUCUACGAUGAUGCGGAACCCGGCGAUGCCGCCAGCACGACGGGAGACUCGGCCGCACCGGGGCUUCCACUCCACCCCAGGAACGACCGACGCCCCUCGCGUACCCAAACACGGUCCUAGUAGGGCGUGUCUGUGCCCGCAUAGGAAGGGCCAUGGCGCAGAGGACAAAACUCGAGGCGGUACUAGGAACAAACACGCGGACCUCCCAAUGCGGCGGGGUCGCACAGACUACAGCGCUAGCUGUCUGUGGUCCACCGACGACCCGAGAUCGCAACCCAGCACUCCAACCCCAAACACUGCGCGACGCAAGCGCUGCCAUGCAUCUCAGCAGAACACGGAUCCGGCACGGCCGGAUCCCGUCCUAUGCGCGUCGCGCCAACAGCUAGCCCUUCGCGCUCGUCUGCGUGCUCGUCUACCCGCCCGUGGCCCCGCGCGGGCGUUCGCAUGUGCCUGGAAGCCUGCUUUGGCGGCAGCACGCGUCCAUAGCGACCUCGUCACCGGAUUCCUGGCGCGCGACACUCCGUGCUCCGACUCGUCGCUCGCUGCUCAAGCACUCAAGACCCGCUGGGGCUGCUGCGAAGGA